ACCGAGCUGUCGAGGGCUCCGCGUCCAAAACACGGCUGCCGAUCAGAACGGUAUUUCCUGCCGAACCGCUUCACCCUCUGCAAGCUGCUCCUGCCUUACGCCUCUUUCUCCCCCCCUCCGAGUUAGCAAACCCCGACGGCCGGGGGUCACACGGCGCUCGGGCGGCUUCUCGGGGAUGGGGCAAUGCCAGCGGGCGCGGUGGUGCCAGACGGGGCUGGAAGGCAAUGGCAGAGCCCGUUCUUGUCAGCGGGCCCCCACGCUCGCGGUCUCGCUGCUCUGCAGUGAGCGCGCCCUCGCUGAUGGGCGUGCGAAGGUUCCUCGGCCGCCGCCGGUGGUCUUCAGGGGAGGGCUUGUAACGAAUUUGAAAGUGCAAGUCACGGAGCCUCUUCUCCAAAGUCCUUCUUCUCAAAUCUGAGCUGCUUAACUUGUACCUCUGAAACAGCUUAGCUUGGGGUUUUGCCUUCUGAUGGCAGCACUCUGUGCACGGCAAUGAGAAGACUUGACUAGAAUUUGACAAUGGAGGCAAAAUCCAUAGUUAUCGGCGUGGAGGGGAUGACGUGCAAUUCCUGUGUUCAAACCAUUGAACAACAUGUCGGGAAGAUGAAUGGUAUCCAUAACGUUGAAGUAUCUCUAGAGGAUAAGAAUGCAGUCGUCGUUUAUGACUCAAAACUGCAGACUCCAGCAACACUGCAGGAAGCAAUAUAUGACAUGGGAUUUGAUGCUACAAUACCUGAUUCGAACCCACAACCUGUUUUACUUGACACUAUUUUUCUUACCAUUCCUACUCAGUCAGCUCUAACACCUAAACAGAUUUGUAGUACACUACUAAAGAACAAAGGUAUCAUGGAUGUUAAAAUGUCCUCCGAUCAAAAAACUGCAGUGGUGACUUUCAUUUCUUCCCUUAUAAAUGGCAAGCAGAUUAUCCAUAUGGUCCCAGGAGUAGAUUUAAAUAUCUCGGCACCAGAGGUAACGCCUGGAACUUGUGAAGAUUCCAGCUGGUCACAAGCAAGUAGCGUUGUGCUGCGCCUGAAAGUAGAGGGGAUGACCUGUCAUUCCUGCACCAGCACCAUUGAGGGGAAGAUUGGCAAAUUGCAAGGGAUUCAGCGGAUUAAAGUGUCCCUGGACAAUCAGGAAGCUGUUGUUGUCUACCAGCCUCAUCUAAUCACAGCAGACGAAAUAAAGCAUCAAAUUGAAGCUGCGGGUUUCACGGCAUCUUUCAAAAAGCAGCCUAGACCCCUCAAGCUCAGUGCUAUUGACCUGGAAAGGUUGAGGAAUACUCAGACCAAAGGCUCUGAGACAGCACCGAGAGAAAACUUGAAUGUGAAUGAUACAAAGACAGUUGUCUUCAGAAUUGAUGGCAUGCACUGCAAUUCAUGUGUCCUCAAUAUUCAGAGUACCGUAUCAGCACUCCCAUCAGUAACAAGUAUAGUUGUUUCAUUAGAGAAGAAAUCUGCUGUUAUAAACUAUAACCCAAAGUUAAUUAGCAUAGACAUGCUGAGAAAAGCCAUAGAGGCAGUGUCUCCAGAGACAUUUAAAGUCAGCCUUCCUGACGAAUAUGAAAACGUAGCACUUUUCCCCACACUGGCAUCCCCACUGAAGUCUCCUCAUCCAGCUCUGAAGGAUGCUAGCCAGCCACUUACUCAAAUUGUUGUGAUAAAUAUUGAGGGAAUGACUUGCAACUCUUGCGUGCAGUCCAUCGAGGGAGUCGUAUCCCAAAAGGCGGGUGUAAAAUCUAUUCAUGUCUCUCUCACAAAUCGUAAUGGGACUAUAGAAUAUGACCCUCUGCAAACGUGCCCAGAAGACUUGCGGUCCUCUAUAGAGGAUAUGGGAUUUGAUGCAUCUUUAUCAGCCGAGGCAGAACUACCUGUGGCAGGAGCUCAGCCCUCGCCCGAAGUGCAGUUGGAAUCUCACAAAACUGAGCCUCCCUCCAGCAUGUCACCAACCCACCUUGCUAGACAAGAGACAAAAACUAUAUCGAAGUGCUACGUCCAAGUCACAGGAAUGACAUGUGCUUCGUGUGUGGCCAACAUCGAGAGAAAUCUGAGAAGAGAAGAUGGAAUACAUUCGAUACUUGUUGCCCUAAUGGCAGGAAAGGCAGAAGUGAGGUAUAAUCCUGCCGUCAUACACCCUUCAGCUAUUGCCGAGCUCAUACGGGAACUGGGAUUUGGAGCUACUGUGAUGGAAAAUUGUGGGGAAGGAGAUGGAAUUCUGGAACUUGUUGUGAGAGGAAUGACGUGUGCUUCUUGCGUACACAAAAUAGAAUCCACCCUCAUGAAGACAAAUGGUGUUUUAUACUGCUCGGUAGCUCUUGCAACCAACAAAGCACACAUUAAGUAUGAUCCUGAGAUUAUAGGUCCUCGAGAUGUUAUACAAGUGAUAAAGGAUUUAGGUUUCACUACUUCGUUAGUCAAAAAAGAUAGAUCUGCUAGUCACCUAGAUCACAAGCAGGAAAUAAGGCAGUGGAAAAGGUCUUUUGUUGUGAGUCUCGUUUUCUGUAUUCCUGUCAUGGGGCUGAUGAUUUACAUGAUGGUUAUGGACAGUCAGCUUUCAGAUGCUCACACACGUCACAACAUGAGCAGUGAGGAAAUGGAAGCCCUUCACUCCUCUAUGGUCCUGGAAUACCAGCUCCUACCAGGAUUGUCUGUCAUGAAUUUUGUGUCAUUUUUACUCUGUGUCCCUGUACAGGUAUUUGGAGGCUGGCACUUCUAUAUACAGGCGUACAAAGCGCUGAAGCACAGAACUGCAAAUAUGGAUGUGCUCAUUGUUUUGGCAACCUCCAUUGCCUUCCUCUACUCGUUUGUUAUCCUUCUAGUGGCAAUGGCUGAGAAAGCAAAAACAAACCCUGUAACUUUCUUUGACACACCUCCUAUGCUGUUCGUGUUCAUCUCAUUGGGCCGGUGGCUAGAGCAUGUUGCAAAGGGUAAAACAUCAGAAGCACUGGCAAGACUAAUUUCAUUACAAGCUACUGAAGCUACUAUUGUUACCUUGGGCCCUGGUAACGUUCUUUUAAGUGAAGAGCAAGUUGAUGUCGAACUGGUUCAACGAGGUGACAUUGUCAAAGUGAUCCCGGGAGGCAAAUUCCCAGUGGAUGGUCGUGUUAUCGAAGGCCACUCGAUGGUAGACGAAUCUCUUAUCACAGGUGAAGCGAUGCCUGUGACUAAAAAACCUGGCAAUACAGUUAUUGCAGGUUCUAUUAACCAGAACGGAUCGCUGCUGAUCUCAGCAACCCAUGUCGGAUCUGAUACAACUCUUUCCCAGAUUGUUAAACUUGUGGAGGAGGCCCAGACCUCAAAGGCUCCUAUCCAGCAAUUUGCAGACAAACUUAGUGGCUACUUCGUUCCUUGUAUUGUGGCUGUCUCUGUGGUUACCCUUUUUGCCUGGAUUAUAAUUGGAUUUGUGGAUUUUGAAAUCAUAGAAAAAUACUUUCGGGGUUACAAUAAGAGCAUUUCUGCAGCCGAGGUGAUAAUCCGCUUUGCUUUCCAAGCCUCCAUCACAGUCCUGUGUAUCGCGUGCCCCUGUUCUCUGGGGUUAGCCACCCCGACAGCUGUGAUGGUUGGUACUGGAGUAGGAGCUCAGAACGGCAUACUGAUCAAAGGCGGAGAGCCGUUAGAGAUGGCACACAAGGUGAAGGUGGUUGUAUUUGACAAAACAGGUACUAUUACUCACGGGACUCCAGAAGUGAUGCAGGUGAAGUUUCUGGUGGAGGGUAACCAACUACCACAUAAUAAAAUGCUGGCGAUAGUGGGGACUGCGGAGAGUAAUAGCGAGCAUCCUCUUGGAGUAGCAAUAACAAAGUACUGCAAAAGGGAACUGGACUCGGAAACCCUUGGGACAUGUGCAGAUUUUCAGGUAGUUCCGGGCUGUGGCAUUAGUUGUAAAGUCACCAAUAUUGAAGCAUUGCUCUACCGGAAAAAUAAAAUGGUUGAAGAAAAGAAUAUUAAAAAUGUGACACUUGUGAAAAUUGAGGAAAAUAUGGACGAAUCCGUGCAGCCUGCUUUGAUUAUUGAUGCUGAACUACCAACUGCUAUGAGUUCUCAGAAAUACUCUGUUCUCAUUGGGAACCGGGAGUGGAUGAAUAGAAACGGCCUCCUUGUUACAAAUGAAGUCGAUAAAGCCAUGAUGGAACAUGAGCGAAGAGGUCGCACAGCAGUUCUAGCAGCCGUUGACGGAGUGCUUUGUGGCUUGAUAGCUAUUGCUGAUACUGUGAAACCAGAAGCUGAGCUGGCAGUCUGCACUUUGAAGAGCAUGGGAUUAGAGGUUGUCCUAAUGACUGGUGACAACAGCAAAACAGCAAGAUCUAUUGCCUCUCAGGUUGGCAUCACCAAAGUGUUCGCAGAGGUUCUUCCCUCCCACAAAGUAGCCAAAGUGAAACAGUUACAAGACGAAGGAAGACGGGUGGCCAUGGUUGGAGAUGGUAUCAAUGACUCCCCAGCUCUUGCAAUGGCCAAUGUGGGCAUUGCCAUUGGCACAGGCACUGACGUGGCCAUUGAGGCAGCUGAUGUGGUUCUAAUUAGGGAUGACCUGAUGGACGUGGUAGCAAGUAUAGAUUUAUCAAGGAAAACUGUGAAAAGGAUCCGGAUCAACUUUGUCUUUGCUCUAAUUUAUAAUCUCAUCGGUGUUCCCAUAGCCGCUGGUGUCUUCCUGCCCAUCGGUUUGGUUUUGCAGCCCUGGAUGGGAUCUGCAGCAAUGGCUGCCUCCUCCGUUUCUGUUGUGCUUUCUUCUUUGCUGUUAAAGAUGUACCAGAAACCAAGUUCUGAGAAACUCGAGUUCCGGGCCCGCGGCCAAAUGCGGCACAAGAGCUCGUCAGAAAUCAGUGUCCACAUCGGAAUUGAUGAGGCUGGGACGGGCUCUCCUAAACUGAGCUUAAUGGAUCGAAUCAUCAAUUACAGUAGAGCCUCUAUAAACUCGCUCUUUUCAGACAAGCGUUCAGUGAGCAGCAUAGUUCUUAAUGAACCAGAUAAGCAUUCGCUUUUGGUGGGAGAUUAUGGAGAAGAUGAUGACACGGCAUUGUGAAAGACUCGCCCCUCUCCUCCCAGCCCUGCUAAGCAGAAAAAAAAGCCCUGAAGCAAAACGAAAACACAACCAAAAGAGCUGGCUAGAAGUCUGUGCAUGUACUGAUCGUUUCUGGAGGUCUUUUCAGAUGUAUUUCUUCUUUAUGUAGAAAGCUAGUUUAUUUGCGAUUUAUUUCCAGGGUUUGUUUUGUUUUUUUUUUUUUAAACCAGACUUACCAAAAAAACCUGCUGCAGGGGCUGCUAAUACUUGCAAACAGGGCCGUGUUACCAUUCCAUGAAGCUUGCAGUAUAGCUUUUUUUUUUUGGCAAAAUGUCAAAACACAAUUAGGGAAACUAAGGAACCAGAAACUUAUUUCCCAGCCUUAUAACAGGCUACUUUAUGCAUAGUCAAGUUUAGUACUGUGAUAAAAAUACUCUAAAUUAUUGCAUCUGCAAAAAUACCGAAGGUUCUGUGUUUGCAGAUAGAUGUGCCUUACUUCAAAACUUCCAGGACCCCUCUUGUUUCCAUAGUCUGCCUUCAACCCGAAAUGGUUGCUCGCAAAUGCCUUUUCCUUUGACAGACAUCUGAUUCCAGCUUUCCACACUCCUAGCUUCAAAUCAUCUCGCCAUUUGUGAUCUGGAUUCCUGCCAGGCGGAGAUCACUGAGAGGUUUUGGGUUUGCUUUCUGACAUCCUACCCACGUUUUCACUCUAUACAUCCGUGCCCCAGUACGCUCCUCCUAAGACUGGCUGCUUAAAGGUUGAAUGUGUCGGGAGGUUCGCUCGCUCCCAGCCUCUCCAGAGCCAAAAACUCCUGCAACACCUCAACGCGGUAUGAAUGUGAUGUGGCAUUAGGCGAAAUGUGUAGCUUUUUAAGAAGGCGGCAACGUAGUUAGUGCUCACUGCCAGUAUCUACUAGCACUCCUUAAAUGAGCCGGAAUGGUUUGGACGCCGUCACGUAGACUACCAUUAAAAUCGUUACAGUCCAGUCUUUGCAGAUAUCUAACGCCAUCCAGGAAUUUAUCAUGUGUCAGGUACUCCGUAACGUCACUUGCUUGUAAAGAUAAGUGUCGUGUCUGUAUACAGGGAUGGUCCAGAAUCCACUCCAUAGACUGAUCCAAUCCUCCUUUGCUUGGGGUGUUCAGGUCCAGCUUUGUGAAUUCAGCCUUCGUUUGUUACUGACCUGAAAUAUCAGAAUGCAGGUUUUGAUCAGUAAAUCAUUAACAUUAAAAAAAUAUUCUCAGUGAGAGAUAAAGGUGUUCAGCACCCAGUAGCUACCUGUUUGUUACUUAAUAAACCUUGCUCUUCAAGUCCUCUGCCAAGACAGCUCUCUGAAGCGAUUACUAGGUUCGAUGGCGUUGAAUUAAGUUACGAAUUAGAGUCCACGGUGUAAACGUGAUUCCAAUUUGUGCUUCUAGAGAGGGAAUACUCAGUUUGGAGCACGGUAAAGACACCUCUGUAAUGUUCUUGUUCUUAACCUGAAGUCCGAGGUCAGCGCAUAGGUUGUGUAUGUAAGAAGUCGGAAGUAAAUAGCUCUUGCGUUUUAUCUGAGAACUACCAGAAGAUACCAGCGUAGGAAAACAGAGGAGUUGUGCUGGGGAAUAGGUUGUUAGUAAAUCAGCGAUGCCUGUUACGUUGCAGUGAGGAGAGCACCACCGUUGUUUGCUGCCACUAGCUGAAGAAACCAAGUAUUUCUGUUGCAGGAUUUAAGUUCUUAAUAUCGCUACAGGAAUAUAGAUUUUUUUUUUUAAUUAGAUUAUUACAAUAUGUUCAAGUCGUACUGUUAGGAAAUGCUGAGAUACGCUACUGCAAAGCCAUUCCAUAAGAUGUUGUUCUCAGCUUUCAGCAGCAAAGCUGUUCCUUACAAAGCAGUUACCUUAAACAGCUUGAUCGUAUUGCGGUGGCUUCAGCGCCUCGCGACCGUGCAAGCAGUUUCCAAAGAUUUCAGUUCUCUUGUUUAUCCACCCUCGUUCUCAGUGGUGUUCUUGGCAAGGUUCUGCCGAUGAAAGGGAAGUAUGGUACAUAUUUUUGCCUGGAUUGUGCUGACGGGUGGUCUUAAUCGUGCAGCGAAGAGAGAAGGCAGAUCCCAGCACGCUUUUGGAUGGGAGUUUCGCUACUGCAGGCGCUGGCCCAGCCCCUGGUUAUGGGAUAUAUGGCAUGUAAAGGACAGGCGUCAUGCUCUUACUGCAGCAAACGGUGGUUUAGGGCUAAAUUCCUGGUCGGUAGAUAAAGCAGAAUGAAGAGUUUGUUAAAUUAUUUCCGAAUAUAUUUUUUAGAGCACUUUGGCUUCAACCUUUUGCAGUGCAAACUGUACGUAGGUUGAACGCUUACAGUGGAAUGCUGGGUCUAUCACCAACUUUUUUCCCCAAUAUAGAUGUUUUUCUAGGCUUUUCCAUUUUCUAUGAAACGCAGCAUUUCUUCCAGUUACAGCAAAAUCAGGCUGCUUUGCAAAACCAGGAUACUUAAUGGGGAGCAGAGAUGAUUACUGGGGAACAGGAAACAGUAAAGUGCAGUGGGGUGGCAGCUCCUAAGUACAGUCAGAGGAAAAAGCUCGAGAGAGAGAGGAAAUAGCUAAGCUUAAGACCAGUGUUAGCUCAAGAAAUGAAUGGGUAUAAGAUGGGUGAGCUGAGACAAAGCUUUUUAACAAGUAGGGGGUUCUGAGACAGCUUCUCAUAGUGCGGUGGAGAGCAAAUCGCUGUCAUGUGUCUGGAAGAGGCUCGCAUGAAGCGAUGCCAGCAAACGCCGUGGGCAGGAAGUCCCUUUCAAUCCAGUUUUCCUCUUCAGGAAAAUCUGUCUGGACUUGCCUUUUGAACUUGAAUUUAGUACACAGUGCGUCUGAGUAACAUACAGCUGAUUAAGAAAUUCAGAGUCCAGACCUUUGAAAAUAGGUUGUCUGUCCAACACCGCCCCCACCCCCCAAAGGCAUGACGCUGACUUAAAGAAUAUUUAUCUUGUGAUUAAAAUAUUAUCUAAGGUGCUUUAUGUUGAAGAACCAAAAUAUUUUUCAGUUUGAAUGUACAGUGCAAGCGAAAUAAUGUGGGAGCUAAGUGUUUUCCCUAAUGUAAAUGUUCUAAUGUGUAAAUAUGUUCCUCCCGUCGGAGACAGUCUAGAUUCGGGAAUUUAAAAUAUCGCUUGGAAACACACAGUUACAAAGGAAAUUGUAUUACUAGUUUGUCUAUUUUAUUGUUUUCUGUAACUAGCUAUUUAUAAAACCUGUGCUCUAUUUAAAGAAACAAAGUACAUACGCUCGAGGCUUUAAAAAUUGCUCUUUGAAUCUUACCGAUAAACUUUUAAGAGUAGACACUUGAAAUUUUAUAUGAAAAAGAAUGUGAAGCUGACAGAACACAAUGGAAGCAAGCAUUUUAUUUAUUAAAAACUCUGUGUUUUCUUGCCUAGAACUUCCAACGAAAUGUUUUGAACUUGAGAUUUUUUUAAUUCACUUUUGGAAUGAAGAAUGGAGAGAUGAACGCUGUUGUGGAGCGUUCAGUUAGCGCUGUUAUUUCCUUACAUCUAGAAACGCGUAGUCUCACACUUCCUAUUCCUUCAAGCCUGUGCCUCCAUCAUUAUCAUGGCAAUUAUAAGCUAUAUAAUAAAAGUGUAACAGCCAAAGCCUGUUUUAAAUCGUG